CUCCUGCACCCAUAGUAAGCCUGAACCACCCAUCCCAGCCCAUUUGCUCCAAGAAUACAAAAGAGCAGGAGCCGUAUCGAGACGUAAGGUCAGCAGCACCACAGCUCAGUAGUUAACUUUCAGCUGCCCACCGUCGGCUUUACAGUGUCUUGAACAUGACCAAGCGGCUGCUGCUGUUGACGCUCUCGUUGCAGGUGGUGUGGGUGGCGGCGCUGCUCUGUGGUCUCGCUGCCGGAACCUGUGAGCCAGACUGUAGCACCAAGGGCCCUCAGGAUAAAGUAGUGGAUCCUGCCAACUGCACUAAGUAUUACAUAUGUUUGAAUGAAACAACCCCCUCGGCCAUUUCAUUUCCUUGUCCAGCUGGUCAAGAGUUCGAUGCAACAGACACAUUCGAGUGUGUUACACCUGCUGAUGGUGCCCCACCUUGCGUCGCUAGCUGCAUAAUACCACCUUGCCGCACAACAUGCACCAACGACCCGGACGCGAUUCCUGAUCCGAAGAAUUGCAACAUGUACUACGUUUGCUCGGGUGGCAACAUUCUGGGACCAUUAGAAUGUCCUGCUGGCACACCUUACUUUGACAGCACCAGCCGGGCCUGUGCCGCGAGCUCCUCCGUGUGCUGCAGUGACCCGUGUGUUGCCAUGUGCGUGGAGGGGCAAGCACAGACCCAAGACCCCUACGACUGCCACAAGUUCUACUACUGCGCCGCCGUGGGACCAGCCGAAGAGAUAUAUCAUUCUACCUGCCCAUCAGAUGAAAUUUUUGAUUCAGAAUCGAAUGCGUGUGCAUCAGAUGUUGAUUGUAACACAGUGUGUGGCGACACCACGGUCCCCGGGGAAAGUACGACUACUCCAUCUCCUGACUGCCUGGAUUCAAUGACGUGCACGGCAGUGGGACGAUUCCCCAAAUGCCCGACGUGUGUCCAGGAGUACUUCAACUGUCGCAAUAUCGGUCAGCCAGCCAUCGUUGAGACUUGUACAGGAUCCUUGCUUUUCAACCCGGACCCUUCAUACCCUUACUGUGUCAAGCCGGGGAACUGCCUCAGCGCUCUGAGCCCACCACCCACUGGUCUGAGCCUCCACCCACUGGUCUGAGCCCACCACCCACUUGGCUCACUCCACCACCCACUGGUCUGAGCCCACCACCCACUGUGGUGGGCUCAGUCAUAUGAGUGACCCACUUGGCUCACUCCACCACCCACUGGCAUGAGCCCACCACCCACUGGCCUCACGUUAUCACCCAUUCUUUACUUGCAGCCACCUACAUAGAAACACUAGGUGCCUCAUCUCACAUCAGAAGUAAAGAAGAGAGGAAACUGCAGAAAGUACAUUGGCUCAUCCUGGCAGAUCCUAUUUGUUCCCAUCCAAACUCAUUAUAUAUCUGACCUACACUUGCACAAUCUUCUGUUCCUCUUCUAUUAUGUUACCCUCCUUUUGUUCCAUAAAUUAACAACAUUACUUCCAUACCAGUAUUUACUCAGGUUUUUGUAAAUCUAACCUUAUCAAAUUUUCAUCCAUUGUUUCGCGUUGAUAUAUUUAUUACCUAUUAAUAUACACAUAAAAUACCUUUUCAUCCAUAUGAAUAUGUCAAUCAUGUCACUUCUCACUCCUCGCCUUUUUUGAAAAUGAAAAUUAGGCUUUCAUGAUCUCUCCAUAUUUUCCAAAUAAUUUAUGUUAAUUUUGUAAUAUAAUGAAUGACCAAAACUGAAUUGCAUAAUCUAUAUGGAUAAUAAUAAUCAAUUAAUCAACUUGAUAAUGGUUCAGGACGGACUGAAACGUCGUCGUUUCUUCAUUUUCUGAUGUGUUGUUUAGUCAUCAAAUCUUCAGCCACAUUAUUGUGAUUCAUCGUCUCCUAUAUUUAGCUGCAUUUACAAAUUUUCACAAGAAUAUAAGAAUCAGGGAGCACAGCAAGCAGACAUUUUGGUUCCCACAAAAGUAAAGGUAACUGCAGAAGGCCAAUUGGCUCAUUCGUGGUAACUACUAUUCAUAUUCAUGGACAUUCAUUCAUUCACUCAUAUAUGCAGAACGUAAUUCACAAUAUCGUGGCUGAAAAUCAGACACUCAACCAACAAAUCUGAAUAAAAAGAAGUGACUACAUUUCGGACUGUCGUGGACCAAGGUUAAAUAUUAUCAUGUCUAACCUACGUUUGAAACAACCAGGUGAUCCCACGUUUAUUACCUAGUAAUUUGUUCGAUAAAUUAACAACCCUGUUUCCAAAGCAGUAUUUACCCAGGUCUUUACUGUAUCUAAAGUUAUCCAAUUUAUAUAAAUAGCUUUGUAUUCUAUUUUGUAUUGAGACACUUAAGCCAUAUUUAAGUCCGCCUCUGUUAUACCUUAUUAUUAUUUCCAGAAAUUUUAUGUUAAUGAAUGUUAAAUUUUUUAGUUGAUAUUUCACGGGAAGUUUUCUAUUCCCGUUUUCUAAUAUUAGGACUAUGUUAAUAUAAAAAAACAUCCAGGCUGUAGGAACAACCACAGCUUGAACUGAUAUAUUAAAUAUACUUCUCAGAGGCCCCUAAUUCCUUUAGGACAAGUCCUUGCAUUCCUUUAGUACUUUCAUUAAUAUUUCGCUACGACUGGCAGAUUUAAGUUGUAUAUUGUAAAUACUGAUAUGAAAUAACUAUUUAGUAUAUUACUCAUUUCUUCCUCUUCAUGUCCUCUCAACUACGUUUGCUUUAUAUAGUAGGAAAUAUGCUUGAGUAUUGAGCGUCGCAUCUCUGGCACUCUUAGCUUCUGGAGUUCUUUUGCCUUUUCUUAUUUCUUGCUUGACUUUCUUUUUAGUUUAGUGAACUGAUCAAUUAGGUGGAGCUCCCUCGUUUAUUUUCUUGAAGGAGUUUAAUUUUGGGGGCUUUAUUAGUUAUUUGAUUUCCUUUGUCAUCCAGUUCUGAUAGUUAUCAAUGAUCUAAUUUGCUUUCUCGUUAUUUUGUUUCCUUGUUCUAUUUUUACAGUAUUUACAAAUUAUAUUUAAUGUUCGUAAUAAACAUUUUAUUUACU